AUGCUCAAUAAGCAGAUUGUUCAAUUCCUUUCCAUGAUGCACAUUCAUCCGCCGUCGGCGAAUAACGCCGCUGGCAGUAACAGUGUUAUCAAGAAACUGAAGUUUGGAAAGAAGAAGAGCACUCCAAAGUUUGGAAAUCUACCAGAGUCAGUAUGGGACAACAUCCUGGAUAACCUGUCUCCAUUUGAACGUGUCAAAAUGCGUCGUGUCAACCAUAAAAUCAAAAAUGUUGUUGAUAAACGUAGAAAGCGUGUCCUCUACGCUGACUUCCUCCGCACUGACGUCGACACAAUCCUUCCGGCGGAAAGCUCCGGUGAUGGAGACUUCUUCCGUCUCCCAAAAAGUCCACGUAUUGUGGUCCAUGAAGAGGCACGCAGUAUUCUUAUAAUUGUUGAUACCCAUUGGAGUGUCAGUGACGCUGUCAAAAUGAUGGCUGCAAUUCGUUAUUACGGUGUCAGUGCGCACACAGUUACUUUGGAUGCCUCCCUUGCUGAACUCUGUGUUGCUGCUCAAUCAACCAAUGACAUUUCCUUCUGGUUUGCCUUCCAAUCAGCAAGUGGAACUUCUGAUCCAGUUUGUCAGUCCUCUAAAUCUCCAAGUUGGGUUCCUGAUGAAUUCCGUGUGAGAAGUGUACAAUCUUAUGAGCAAGAUCAAUUGACUGCAUACUCCCAAUGGGCUCCAAGAACUCAGAUCAUUCCAGUUGGACCACUUUUCCCAAAAGCUACUGAGAUAACAAUCCGUGCCUCAGUUCCACAACUUCGUCGUCUCCGUCGCUUCCCAGUCUACCGUAGUCCACUUCAUCGCUCCUUCAUUGACUUCAACAACCUUCAUAUUCUUCGUCUUGUUGUCUCCACCAACACAUCUUCGGGCCGUAAAGGUCGUCAAGUGGCACAAUCUCUCAAAUUGGCUCCAUUCUUGAAAUGGGCGAAUGCACAAAGACUUGCUCACCGUUUUUCUGUACAGUUCGUAUAA